AUGAAUAUGGAUAGGCUGUCGGAAAGAGUCGGAUGCAGUAUCUCGAAUCGCCGAGAGAUAUUCGGGAACCAAUCGUCGCAGAUUCGAGAGGAAUCUAGAUUGGAUGUUUCCGAGAGAUUUGUGGACACGCACCUCCCUGCUGUCAUAAGGAAAGGAUGGAUGUUGGGUGUGGGGAGCCCUUGUGCUUGGGAGGUGGACGCCUUCCUGACGACGCCCCCGCCGCCCUUCUUCACCCUCAGGACCAAGCACGUGAGGGCGGACAAGCAAUACUGCGUGGCUUUCGUGGUCUUGGCGAGUCUCGAGUCUGUCGCCGAGGUGUUCGCCGAGGUGCAGCAGACUUCCUGGUUCCUCGGGACAGCCAAAUACAUCCUGUCCUACACAGCUGAAGUGAUCACCAAGGAAAUGCUGGCAGCUGAUCCAAUCCUGAGAACCAGCUACGACUUCGUUCUAGCGACCCGCCUCCCCCUCGAAGGCGGCAGCGGCCUCCCUCCCCGCGUCGAGUCGUCCUUGGGAGACGAAGCCCGCACCCUCUUCGCCCUCCUUCAGAACUGCCCUUACUGCGACGCCGGGGAUCCACGCGUCAACCUGGUGGACAAGUGGAGUCCUCGCGAAGGGUUCCUCAUCGGGCGCGACCUGUAUCCGGACCUCUUUCGGGACUUCAACGGCCACAGAUUCCGCGCCGUGACCUUAGUCUACGAACCGUUCAGCUGUUACGAGAAAAUCGACGGCGUGAUCGUCCCAGCGGAUAACUGCGUCGACAAUAACAUGUUAAGAGAAAUCGCAAAUAACCUGAACUUCACCUACGUCUUCGUGGAACCUAGCGACGGCCAGUGGGGGCAUCGGCUCGACAAUGGGAGCUAUACAGGAGUGAUCGGCGCGGUGGAGAGAAGGGAGGCCGAUUUCUCCCUCAACAUCGCCAUCACACAGGACCGAGAGGAGAAGGUGGACUGCACCAUCGGAUACCACGUGGAACCGAUCACCUUUGCGACGUCGAAACCGCGGCCGUUGAACCAAGCGCUGGCUCUCAUUCGGCCGUUCGCUCCCAAUAUGUGGGCAGCCUUCAGCAUCACUCUGGUGGUGACUGGGCCCUUGUAUUUCCUGACCUGCAAGUUCACCGUCGCCCCGUUCAAGAAGGUCACGCCCCCGACGUUGGUCAAGUCCUACUUGAUCAUCUUCGCGGCGUGUUUCAACCAAGGCGUCAAGUGGUUGCCAGUUCUCUCCAACCGCGUGUUCGGAAUCACGUACGUCAUCACCAUGUUCGUGACCGUCACUGUGUACGUGGCUAUGUUGACGGCGACGCUCACCCUCCCUACACUCUCUCCGACGCUCAACACUUUGGAGGAACUUGUCAGGUCGGACUUCUCGUGGGGUAUACAGGACUUGGGUGCGGCAGACUACCAGCUCCUGAAAUCUUCGACAGUUCCCUUGUACCAGAAGGUCUUCAAGGGGCUUAGCCCUUGCCCCUCGUUGGAUGAGUGCAUCACCCUCGCCCGGGACUCGAAAUAUGCUUUCAUAACGUGGCGGACCUAUUUGGAGGAUCGGAUAGCUGUGAGAUUAGUUCAGACUCCCAAAUAA